AUGGAAUCUGGAAAACGUCAGAGUAUCAACAGUCCUGCACGUCCGGCUCCCCGCGAAAUCUCGUGCUCAGAAACUCUACUUAAUGACGGUGAUGAUGAUGCCCAAGCCAACUCCACUGAGAUUGAUAACCAUGAUAUGGAGACUGGAAGAGACGUAUCUCCAUCACCAAGAAACUUAGUGGGGACGACAAGCCACGAUGAAAUGCAACAAGAGCAGCUUUAUCUUGAAUAUUUCCACUCAGCGAUAAUAACCGAGGAACUAGGUUUAAUCAAACAUCUCAAGCGUGCACAUGGAAAAAUGAUAAAAGCUAUACAGGAGCUCAUUAGGGUCAAAGGCUACAGAUCAGCUGACAGUGGCAAGGAAUACAGAUUUAAGUGGACAGAUAAUGCUACCUAUUAUCUUCUUAAGUACUGCCUUGAGAUUGGGCCUUUUUACGGAUUCGAGCAUCUUAAGAGACCUUCACUAACCAAGUUAGAGCAAAGCAGCCUGAUAUCUUUGAAGUGGAGUUGCGUCUGGUAUGACCUACUAAUGACAUUGGAAUUCGAGAACAGCAUUAUACCAACAGAAUCGCAAAUUAAAAGCAAAUGCAGAUAUUUGCUGGAUAAUGCUCAUCCCAAACUGUUCGCGGUUACGACAGGAGAUGAGCGAAACCCGUUUUCAUUUACAGGUGUUGAUAAAGUUGAUAACAAUUUAGAGAUGCUUACAAGGCUGAAAAAUGAUGCUGAACAAAGAAAAGUAGAAAUCCAAAAACUGGAAACUGAUCGCCAAAAUAACAAGAGAACCUUGGGCCAGAUGCUGUGUUCUAAUAGUAUUCCGAGCGUAACAGAAGGCCUUAGUAACUCUGACUCUGAAGAACCAUCUUCAAUAGAUGAUAUUAACCAGCCCAAUAGUAUCACAAUGAGAAGAAAUAAAAGGAUGGGGCGCUUGCUCGACUUUAAGGAAAUUGCACAGUAUUCUCUUUCUAAUUCAGCUUUAGUAGGCGACCUGCAAGAAACACUCAAAGAAUUAAUCGAGGCAGCAGCCGUGGAAGAAAGAAAAUACAAAGAUAAAGAACAGCAGCGAAAGGAUCAAGAGCUUGCGCUAAAGCAAAAAAAGCUAGAGAUUAGUCUUCAGCACAACCAACGUAUGUUAGAGUUAGAGCUUGAGCGUCAAAAACGCGAGCAGUUUGAUCAUGAUGCUAAGAAAAUUGACACUUUAGUUAAAAUGAUGGACAGGGCUAAAAGCUUGGAAGGGGAUAAGUCCCCAUCAUCUGAAGCGUUACAGAAAUUGUUGCACAAUUUCGUGAGUCGUUAUACAUGA